GCGACUGGCGAAAGAUGCGGUAUUACUGCUAAAGAUCCCAUUUGUCCUUUCCCCCAGUAGCCUACCUGGAUUAAUAUAUGCUUCAGCUGUUUCGUUACAUGUGGACAGAAGUUCGAAAGCAAUGCUCGUUGGUAUUUUUCCACCUCUUUCCCUGCUUUAUUACCCAUGCCUGGAUAGCUCCUUCGUGACACCCUGAUUAAACGUUUAACUGAAACGCAACAGGAGGAAUUUUGCAGCAGCGCGAGAGGACGUCCGCGUUUAAUCGUCGCCGAGUUUCGUCUGUGCCAGCGGAAUGAGCGUGAGCGUCGCCGAGAAGUGCUACCCGGUGGACCUGGGCGGCAACUUUACGGAGGAUGCUCCGAGACCCCCCGUUCCCGGGGAGGAGGGGGAGCUGGUGUCCGGCGAUGCGAGGCAGUAUGGCUACAGCUUCUGCGCCGCCAAGAGCGAGGCCUCGACUGCCACGCCGCGGCGGCCUGACCUGGACCUGGGCUAUGAGCCCGAGGGCAGCGCCUCCCCCACCCCACCCUAUGUCAAGUGGGCCGAAUCCCUGCACUCGCUGCUGGACGACCAGGAUGGCAUCCACCUUUUCAGGACGUUCCUCAAGCAGGAGAACUGCGCUGACCUCCUGGACUUCUGGUUCGCCUGCAGCGGCUUCCGGAAGCUGGAGGCCGGAGAGUGUGGCGAGGAGAAGAAGCUGAAGCUGGCCAAGGCCAUCUACAGGAAGUACAUCCUGGACAACAAUGGCAUCGUGUCGAGGCAGAUCAAGCCUGCUACCAAGAGCUUCAUCAAAGAGUGCGUGAUGAAGCUGUACAUCGACCCCGCCAUGUUCGACCAGGCGCAGACCGAGAUUCAGACCAUGAUGGAAGAGAACACGUACCCCGUCUUCCUGAAGUCCGACAUCUAUCUGGAAUACACCCGGACCGGUGGCGAGAGUCCCAAGUUAUACGGCGAUCAGUCGUCCUCUUUGGGGAAUGGCAAGGUUCCGCCCGGAUACUUACCGACCUUGAACGAAGACGAAGAAUGGAGGUAUGGCCGCGAGCAGGAGGAGCAGCGCGAGUGCCAGUCGGCGCCCUCGAACCGGCUGACCGAGAAGCUGCUGAUGGAGACGGCUCCUCAAAGAGCUGUUGGUGGCAGGAGAUACCAGGGCAACCAGGAGUACAGGCAUGCCACGUGGAGGGAGCCCAUCAACCCGUACUACAUCAACACUGGCUACGCCCGGGCCCCCGCCACCAGCGCCAACGACAGCGAGCAGCAGAGCAUGUCCAGCGACGCCGACACCAUCUCGCUGACCGACAGCAGCGUGGAUGGGAUCUCACCCUACAGGUACCGCAAGCCGAAUCGACGGGAGAUGCAGGAGAGCGCCAAAACCAACGGCCGUGUUCCCCUACCUCACAUCCCUCGCACACAGCGCAUGCCGAAGGACGUCCACGUCGACCCGGAUAAAUUCGCGGCGGAGCUGAUCAGCCGGCUGGAGUGUGUGCUGAGGGAGAGGGAGGCGCAGGAGAAGCUGGAGGAGCGUCUCCGGAGGGUGCGGCAGGAGGAGGAAGGUGAUGAGGCGGACAUCUCCACAGCGCCUUCUCUGGUCAGCCACAAGAUAGCAGCAGGUUCCCAGCACUACGGCACCCGGUACUGCGAGACCACGUACAACGUGGUCCAGCUACGAGAUGCCCAUGAGGAGGAUCCCGAGUCCAUCCUGGACGAGCACGUGCAGCGCGUCAUGAAGACGCCAAGCUGCCAGUCGCCGGGCAAUGGGCACUACUCGCCCAAGACGCGCUCGCCGGAUGGGCUACCGGGGCCCGGGAAGCACCCUGCCAAGGGCGUGCCGAAGUCGGAGCCCGUGGGGGUUUACCACCACAAGCACGCAUAUCACGGCCACCACGGGGGUGGCGUUAAGCCCAAAGAGCACGCCGACCCUGAGACCCCGCAGAGGAGCACUCUCGCCUGGACCCCGGAACCACAUCACUACGCGGGCAGGGCGCGUUUCCCCGACAGCUCGGGGCCGGCCCCGGGGCCCUUGGAUCCUCUGGGACACAGUGGCAAGGGUGGUGUGCCGACGAAGAGGGCGUCAAAGAAGGCAGAACCAGGGGUGGGCUUGGAGGCCCUGAUCACCACAGACGACCUGGAGAGGAACCAGAAGAUCAUCCAGUGGAUGAUGGAGGGGGAGAAAGAGGCAGGCCGCCAGAAGAGGUCCCCCUAUGGGAGUAUUGCUGGGGCCAAGAAAAGUCAGGGCCACGAUGCGUCGCGGGUGGGAUCAGUGGAGCGUCCUGGAGCCGUCUACCCCUGGGUCAGCACCCAGCUCUGGAACGGCGCCCAGCCAUCGCACCCCUUCAUCCAGGACCCAACCAUGCCCCCCAACCCGGCCCCCAACCCCCUCACCCAGUUGGAGGAGGCUCGCCGGCGGCUUGAGGAGGAGAGGAAGAAGUUGGGUGCCGUGCAGAUGAAGCCGAGGCACAAGGCGGCGAAGAAGCCAGCGUGCGAGAACAUCACAGUGGCUUAUUACUUCUGCGGGGAGCCCAUCCCGUACAGGACGUCGGUCAAGGGCCGGGUCGUCACCCUCGGCCAGUUCAAGGAGCUGCUCACUAAGAAGGGGCUGUACAGAUAUUAUUUUAAGAAAGUGAGCGACGAGUUUGACUGCGGCGUCGUAUUCGAGGAGGUACGCGAUGACGACGCCGUCCUGCCCAUCUUCGAGGAGAAGAUCAUUGGGAAGGUAGAGAAGAUCGACUGAGCUGCAACGAUAAGAGGCUUCAGUCGCUCAUGGAGGUGGGGAGUCGGAAAUGGUUUAGAGGGACGCAGAGAGGCGGGCAUGUGGAGGGAGAGCAGGGACGUCACUGACUCAAACUGCCGACGCGUCUCCCACAUGGAGCCGAGGAGGAAGACGUGGCUUUUGCAACACCCAGAAAACAUGAUCUCCCCGGCCCCCUUCCUGGUGUCCCUCCUGGCCAAUCAGUGCAAAGAACACAAAUGGUGAUUUGACACUGUACAGUGGUGCAGGGUGGAAGUUAAAAUAGGAUGCCGGAAACUUCCACUGGCAUUUGUCAGACUAACUGUAAUGUAGCAUUGUAAAGGUGUAUUAGACAAAAUGUACUAUGAAUCUGUACAAAAGCUGCAUAUUUUUGAUAUUGUGUCAUAGAAGGGAAAUAGCCUUUUUAAUGUAAUUAUUAUGAUGUAAUUUUGAUAUGCACAGGUACUAAAUUUACCAGAUAUGUAUAGUCAGUCUAAAACAAAAGUUAUUCUGUAUUUAUAAAAUUAUUUUAUAAGAAAAAAAAUUGCUUUAAACUCCAGGCAUUUAACGGACGAGAUACUGUUCCUUUCCCUGAUAACUGUUGUUGGCUGGGCCGCUUUUCUCGGGCAUUCAGACCCCUCGUGAUGUACCUGUUUGUUUUUUCCCAUCGUCAUUGUGCUUAACAUGAGGAAUCGAGUCGGAGCCGCCGGCUGCUCACUGCGGAUGACGGUGACACGCUUUUCCUGGAGUGGACUUCAGUCGUGAAGAUGGUUCCGACUGUCAGAUCGAGUGAAGCCAGACUAUAUGUCGCAGCUCACCGGAGGCAGCGGCUGGCAGACGCGCUACCUCGGGAUCGCGGUUAUAUCUGUUUACACGGCAGUCUUCUCGGUGCGCGUCUCAAACGUACGGAAAGCGUCA